AUGAACGCUACCAAACGAAAGUUCAACACCCUUAUCCAGGGUUUGGGCAGAUCCUCCGCGUCGACAAAGUCCAACGACUCCUCCAGUCUGCCCGCUGAGUCUCCUCGUCCAUCGACGACAUCUCUUCAGCCCACCGACACGAACUCCUCGACUACGACCACAAACAAUAAAACGAGCAUGUCAAUCGACGAGGACAUAUUGCUGAAGCGCCGGCGCUUGCAGGCACUGACGGAGAAGAAUGCCGCUACAAUGAAAAGUUCCCCUUCUAUCCGUGCAACAGGACCGGGGACGACCAUUACGAACGUUGUACUGAAGAAGUGGACGCCCAACUCGUCCAAAGUGACAGAGGUCAAGCUCGCACCGAAGUUCGCGCCGAGCGACCGGAGCGAGCUUUUGAAGAGGUUGGCUUCGUUUCAGGAGAUCACUGACUGGACACCCAAGCCCGAUGCGGUGAACGAGAUUGAAUGGGCCAAGAGAGGGUGGGUAUGUCAGGGGAAGGAUCGUGUACGGUGCACUCUGUGCAACAAGGAGCUUGUUGUGAAGCUGAACAAACGCGAGGUCGAUGGCAAGGAGGUGCCGGUCCUCGUCGCGUCGGAUGUUGGUAGGUUCAUGACUGCCACUCCUAGUCGCUACUCAAAACUGAUUGGUGAAGCAGAGGAAGCGUUAGUCGACAAGUACUCGGACCUGAUUGUCACAGCACAUCUGGAAGAGUGCUUGUGGAGGAAGCAGGGAUGCGAUGAUUCACUACUUCGGCUGUCCCUCACCAAUGCCAAAAUUAGUAUGGAGGCAUUGCGGCAGCGGUACGAUGAGCUGUGCGGGAGGAAGCCGUUCCUCCCCUAUGAGUUCAACCUGAGGCUCCCCGAGGGUCUCAACAUUGACAGCGUCCUUACCCAACUACCUGACGACUUCUUUACAAACCCGCCACCAGCCAAGGACUCCCCAGACCCGAAGCAACCCAACAGAGUCGCCUUGGCCUUGGCCUUGACGGGAUGGCAAGGCCUCACAAACCCUCGCAUUGGAGCGGUACCGAACUCUGCAUCCUGUCACACUUGUUUGCGAAGGCUAGGACUGUGGAUGUUCAAGAGCAAGGAGGUCAGCGCCGACGGCGAGAUCCUUGUCCCCGCGCCAAUGGAUCACCUCGAUCCCGUCAGAGAGCACCGCUUCUUCUGUCCGUGGAAGAACCCGAUUACGCAACGCCUGGGUAGCGCCAAGCCCGGCUCCGAGUCGGACAUGGCGGCGUGGAAGUGCCUGGUGCAGGUGCUCAAGAAUGACGCUUACCUGCGCGGAGCACUUGAUGAUCGCCCGAAGAACAGGUGGCACAGCAGAGGCGCCUCGGUACCGUCGACGCCGGUACGCAGAGGUGUCGCGCCGCCCUUGACACCAGGCGGCUAUGACUCGCCGAGUGCUGCAACAGAGCCGGGAGGUGACGAAGACGAGAAGUCUCGGGAUGCAAAGGAUAAGGAGCGCUGGGCGCGUCUGCGGAGGGUGAAGAGUCUCUUCGAAUCCAAGAACGCGAAGAAGAUCCGCCGGCAGCUGAGUAGACCGGGAACGGCGCAAUCGGCAGUCUCGAAAGCCACAGCAGGGGAUAAGGAGUAA